UAUAAAAUUUAAAAUUUAAUUUGAUACAUUUAUUAUUUAAAUAAUAAAUUUAAAGCAAGACGCGAUUUAUUUCUAAAACCGAAUUUUUAAUUGUAUAAAAUUUGACAAUUUAGUCCAUGAUGGAAGUUAAUGUUGAUAAUUGUUUAGAACCAGUGACUAAGGAAAUUCAAAUGAAAUGUGAGGAAAAAUCGAAUGAACCAGAAACAGUUAAAAAUGAAAAUCAUUCAGAAUCAAUAUCCGAAGAAGAAGUGAAUGAAAUAGAACCAAUCAAAAAAGAAUGUCAAUUGGAGUCWUUGGCUGACGAAUUUCAAAUAAAUUCUGACGAAAAAGACAGUGAAGUMGGACUAGAAGAAAAAGAAAAUCAAACCAAAUCAGUGGCAAAAGGAGAUCCUUUUGCUUAUUUAGAUCGUGAUGAUUUCACUUCUGAAAAGUACAAGAUAGAAAUAAGAAACCUUCCAAAACAUUAUGGGAUUGCUGAAUUUAAAAAAUUGAUAAAUAUAAAAUUGGAAUUAAAUUGUUCUAAAGUUAAGACGCCUAACCGUAAUGGAAAGUGGCUUUAUAUGUGUUUUCGUUCAGAAGAAGACAAAAAUACAGCUCUAGGUAUUUUGAAUGGAUAUAAUUGGAAAAACACAAAAUUAGAUGCUAGCAAUGCCAAAGCUGUUCCUGAUCCAUUAGUAAAAAAACGUAAUGAACAAUUUGACGAGUGUCCUGAUGUAAAGAAAAUUAAAUUGGACAAUGCUGGUGCAGAACAACAGAUGAUAAGUGCUGUUACACCUUUUUAUAACAUAUCUUAUGAUGAGCAACUAAUUCAAAAAACCAAUUCUAUAAGAAAUGUUCUUAUGGAUUAUAGUAGACGAUUGAAACGUAUUAAGUGUGGUCAAGGUAUACUUGAUUGGUUAAAAAAACAACAAGCUGUAAAUAAUGGUCUUCCAUGUGAACUUUUGGAAAUACAAAGUCUUAAAGACAAUCCAGAGAAAUGUAUUGGUUAUAGAAAUAAAUGCGAAUUUACUAUAGGUAUGGAUGUAGAAAAUAAAGAGCCAGUUGUUGGUUUUCGCGUUGGUGCAUAUAACCAGGGAAAAACUAGUGUUGCUCCUAUUGAUAAUAUUUCUAAUGUUCCUCAACGUAUGAAGGAUGUUGUUAAAUGUUUUCAAGAUUUGGUUAGAGCUUCUAAACUUCCUGUAUUUGAUCCUGAAAAUUAUACAGGUCAUUGGCGCCAGUUAACUGUAAGACUGAGUUUAAAAACUGAACAAUUGAUGUURAUUUGUGUAGUACACACAGAAAACAUGGAAGACUCUGCCCUGAAUUCUUUGAAACAAUUAAUUUURAGUUAUUUUACUGAAGGAGCUGGAACUGAUUGUAAAGUAGAUUCUCUUUACUUUCAAAAAGCUAAAAAAAGAGCUGCUGGCGAAGGAAAUUCAUUUCCCUUAGAAUUGUUACAUGGACAAGAAUAUAUUGUUGAAGAAGUGAAAGGUCUUAAAUUCCGAAUUUCGCCUGAAUCGUUUUUUCAAAUAAAUACAGCUGCUUCUGAAGUAUUGUUUGACGCCGCUAAAGAUUUGGCUUCUAUUAAUUCACAAACUACCGUAUUAGAUGUUUGUUGUGGUUCUGGUACAAUAGGUCUGUCUAUAGCGAAGGAUUGUGCUCAAGUAAUUGGUGUAGAAAUUCAGGAAGCUGCAGUGACUAUGGCAAAAUUAAAYGCUACUAACAAUGGUAUCACAAAUGCAAUAUUCUUUGCUGGAAAAGCUGAAGAAGUUAUGAACAGACGUGAAUUUCAGAACCCGGAAAAUGCUAAUGAUGUAGUUGCCAUAGUUGAUCCACCCAGAGCAGGACUACAUAACAAAGCAAUAUUGCUACUACGAAGAAUGACACAUUUGAAACGAUUAGUAUAUAUGUCUUGCAAUCCUAAAGGGGCUAUGCAAAACUUUUUAUCUUUGUCCAUGGCUGAAUCUAAAACUAAACAAGGUGCUCCAUUUGUACCAGUGAAAGCKGUCCCUGUUGAUAUGUUUCCACAAACACCACAUUGUGAACUUGUAGUGUAUUUUGAACGGCUAUAAGUAAAUAUUUUUGUGGGCUAAAUGGAAAACAAUAUAAAUUAUUUUAACAA